UCAAAAAAAAAUUUUUUUUUUUUUUUGAAUUGGUACUUCGAUAUCUCGAUUCCUAGACCCCUAUAGAAUAUACUCACCAAAUAUGAGCUUUUUAUUUUGAUAGGAAGGUCCUCCGCUUUUAAUAUUUCUUUUUUUUCCCUAGUAUCAGAAAUGAAAAUUUUUAUCUCUCGAUCAGCUGGUAUAAAAAAUUUUUUUUUCUUAUAUUCUUAUAGGAAAUUGAACGCUCUACAAAAAAGGUCUUUAAAAUUUUUUUCCCAAACAUCACCGUUCAAAAGUUAUUAAAUCCUGAAUUUUGACUAUUUUAUGGAAAAUAUCGGUUUUCCUUAGGAAAUUUGUAACUCGUAAAAAAAAUUUUUUUUAGAACUGCGCCAUUACUUUUUUUGUAGGAAAUUAACUGCUCUACAAAAAUGAUCUUGGGUCAUUUGUCGAUUAAACUAAGCGUUGUAAAGAUAUUCGUCUUCAAACUCCAAUGCACGCAAAUUUUACCAGUUUUUCAUUAAUAAUUCGGAAAAUUUUAAUUGAGUCUAUGUUUUUCGGGGAAAUGUAUACAAAUUUGAGUUUCUGUCGUAAAAGUGAAUAUUGUAAAGAAGUUUGUUGUUCGUUUAUAAAUAUAAAAGGUAUUUACUAACUUAAAAUCCCGGUGGUGAAAUUUUUAUUUUUUAAGUGUGUGUUAUAAAUAAAUUUCAAAUACAGUUUUAUUUAUUAUUCAUUAAUCUAUAAUGGAUAAGGAAAUUCGUUUCAUUGGUGUACCUAUGCAAACAAUUUUAGAACGUAAGUUACCAACAAUUAAAGAAGUUAUGAGUGUGUUUUUCUAUCAAUUGAAAGUUUUAAAGUUUUCAAUUAAACAAAGUGCUAAAAUAUCGGUUGAACAAGUUAUUGAAUUGUGGAAAAAAAAUCAGAUUCCAACUACUAAAGCUCAAAAUGCAAUCAAAAAGCUAAUCCGUUAUCAUUCUCUUUGGUUGAAAUUGCAAAAAAGCUUCAAAAAAAAAACAUCAUUACAAAACCUACAUGAAAAGAAAUUUCAAACUCAACUGGAGGCAUUAUUUGACAUUAUAAAUAAAAAGUGUUUUAAAGACCUUGAUGACAACAUUAAAAAAUUGUACUUAAAUCAAAAGUAUUCUACACGAAAAGAAGUUCUUUCUAAUGCAUCUAACUUAUCUAUCAAUGUGAUGGAAUUAGACGAAAGCAGUAAGUGUACAUUAAAAUUACAAAAUUUUUGUUGUUUAUCCUUAAUUAUUUGAAAUCGAGAUAAAAAAAAGUUCUCUUUAUCUUCUUUAAUAAAAAAUAUUCUUUUUCUAGAUUUGAAUAAACCGUCCUUCAGUCAUGCAAUUGAUCCAAGUGAAGACUCUGAAUCAUCCUCUACAUUUACAUUAAGUGAAGUUUAUAAUUUAGGAUAUGACCUAGAGUAUGAACCAGAACCUGAAUCUGAACCUGAAAUACCAACAAAACGAUCAAAAAUAAAUGUACUAACUCCUGCAGUCAUUUCUGCACUCGACAGAGCUAAUGUCAGCAGUAGAAAUGCAAUGUUCAUAAUUCCUCCAAUCCUUUUAGCUGUUGGUAUUAAUAUUGAAGACAUAACGCUUAGUUACAGAACAAUUCAACGUACUCGUAUGCUCUUACGAAAGGACAUUGCGCAAGGUUUAAAAGACAACUUUAAAACACACGACAAAUAUGUUGUGCAUUGGGACGGAAAAAUGCUAAAUGACAUUUCUGGAUCAAGGUUCGUGGAUCGGUUACCAGUUCUUUUAACUGCAUUUGGUACCGAACAGCUACUUGGAGUCCCAAAAAUUAAUACUGGAACGGCAGAAAAUCAAGUAGCAGCCAUCUUAUCGACACUUGCCGAAUGGGGUAUUGUUCCCUAUAUUAAGGCGAUGUGUUUUGAUACAACGGCUGUUAAUACAGGAAUUCACAAUGGUACAUGUAAAGAAAUUGAAAAAACUAUCGGAAAAGAUUUAAUUUGGUUACCAUGUCGCCACCACAUAUUUGAGAUUAUAUUGAAAAGUGCAUUCGAAGUAUAUUGGCCAGUGUCAUCCGGGCCCAACGUAUCAAUGUUUGGAAGAUUUAAAAAAUCAUGGGACCAAAUAGAUAAAUCUCGUUAUAAAUCUGGUAUUGAAGAUACUGUUGUUUCUGACAUUGUUUCGAAUAAGAAAAAUGAAUUAUCUAGAUUUAUUACACAACGCUUACAGGUAUAAUUAAACUGGUAUUUUAAGAACGAUUUUC